UUGGGAGAGGGCGAGGAGUUGAGGCGUGAUAGGUCUGGGCUUUUCCGCUGGAAGCGGUUCACCAAGCACCAAAAUGGAGCAAAGCAAAACAUGGAUCAUGAUGAUAUUCAAGACUGGAUUAAAAGAGUUGAACAGGCGUCUGAAUGUGCUGUUGCAGAAGUAUUUCCUUCAAAAAAGUUAAAAACAACUCCAAAAGUCAGUGGCUACUUCAUGACAAUGGAGACAGUUAAUCAGCUUCAUGAUCAUGAUGAUGCUUAUGCUGAAGCUCAGGAGUUACUAAAUGAAUGGAUGAACUCCAAGUUAAGAAUGGAAUUAGAAUAUGAAGAAGCUGGAGAGCUACAAGACCAUAUGAAAAAUUUAGAGACACUCACAUGUUCACCAGAGAUGACCUCCAGAAUGCCUGAAUAUGAAAAAUUUGAUGAUUUGUACAAUUAUUUGGAACAGGAGAAGGAGAGUGCUGCAACACAGGCCUUCUUACAGCAGCUCCUAGAAAAGAAAAUGGAGGAGUCUGGUAUCCUUGAUGACCUUGGGAUAGAUGAGGAAAGACAACAGAAAAAGCAAAAAGACCCAUGCUUAAGCAUGGAGGCCAGACACCAACAAGUAAAAGAAAAUCGUCUUAAAAGGCAGGCUCAGUUGGAGCAACAGAAGCAGGAGAAAGCCAUAAAGAAAUUUGCUCACGCUAAAGCUCAUCAACUGCUUCAGGAGGAAAAUAGAAAAAAAGCUUUACAGGCCAAGAAAGAGGAAGAACACAUUAAAAAAGAGAUGGUACAGUUACGGAAAGAAAUGGUGGAAAAAAGAUACAUAAUGGAAGAAGCAAAGCGGCUUGAACGGGAGCAUCAGAAAAAAGUGAAAAAGGAGAAAAUCUUGGUUCAGCAAAAAGCCAAGCGAGCACUGAUAGAAUUGCAAGAGCAGAAGAACCAGCAACAUCGUGAGGUUGAGAAUAUUUGGAUAAUGCAGGAGGUUGAUGCCAGGAUUAAAUCUUACCAGCUACGGUGUUUGCAGAAACAUUUUUCAAUCUGGUAUAAACUGGUUCUGGAACGCAGGAUUAAAAUGGGUAAAGCAAGGGCUUUGUUUGAUUGGAAGAGCCAGCUCCGAAUUUUCCAGGCCUGGAGAACAUAUACAUGGGGAAAGAAGUUGGAGCAAGAGGUACAGCGCACUGAGAUGGAACUACGGGAGGAAAAAAGAAAGAAACAACUUGCAACAGAAUGUAACCGGAAACACAGGCUCAGGUACUGCUUCACUCAUUGGCUAUUAUGGUGCAAAGCUGAGAAAGAAAAGAGAGAAUUGAAGGCACGAAAAGAGGAGACAAAACAAAAAAUGGCAGCGCUAUUGGAUUCUGCCUCUUCUGGGAAAUUGUCAGCUGUUUCCAACAGAGCUUCAAGAUGUGAAUAUGAGGUGCAGCAGGUUGUUUCUGCUCAAAAUGUGGUGGUGGUGAAGAAACAGGAUGCAGUCGAUUCUUCUCCAAUAACAGGUGAUGGUGAAGUUCAUCAAUUUAUAGCUGCAAGACCAAAAUUUGCCUGGCAGGUUACUCGCAAGCAUGCAACACUAAACUCAGAGGAUACAACAUGUGUGCAAAAUGCAAGUAAAAUCUCAGGCGGGGACCAGGAUCAUCAAAAACCCAAUUUCGGCAUUGCAGGGAAGGUAAUUCAACAUUUUCAGGGCAACUUUAAACACCGCCAUGCAUUCCAACAGCAACUCAUUGAGGAUCAAAAAAAGCAACUUCUGGAAAAGCAGAAAAUAAUUGAAGAACUCCAGGAGAAGCAACAGUUAACAAUCCUGCAGCAAGAGGCAAAACUAGCUUCGGCCAUAACCACAGCAAUUGUUAAUGCAACACAAAAGGUGCAAGCUGAGCCUAAUGCUAAUGGUAGAAGACCAGCUGGAAAUGUGCAAUUUGAAGUAAAAGAUGCUGCUGCGCAUACGUUUAGGUCAACUGGUCCUUCAGCUGAGGAAUCCAGUUGUUCCACAAGCGGUACCAAUUGUAGCAAAACCAAUUAUAACUUAGUUUCACCUCACCCAAUUGUCAAAGCAAUGGAGGAACGAGCAAGGCAGCGCAUGGCAAGAAGAAAAGAACUGGAAGAGAUAAAAAGAAAAAAGGAAGAAGAAAAGCUUGCACGCAUGAGAGCAGAAGAGGAAGAACGGCAAAUGCAGCAGGAAGCUGAGAAACAGGCAUCAUUAGAAAAGAAGCGCAAGGAGAAAAGAUUACAGCGACAGAAAGAAAUUGAGAAGCAGAUGAGGUUGGAAAAACAAAGGCAAAUCCAGUCGGCUGCAGAAAAGCACUAUCAAGAUUUUCUUUUGAAUAAACGAGGCCUUCAGCCCUGGCGAAAGCUUCUGGAAAUCUCCAAGCAAAACACGAAGUUUGCAGAAGAUCACCACACCGCUUCACUCUUGAGGCAAUGCCUAUGUACCUGGCACCAGAACGUAACAGAGUCACUAUCUGAAAAGAAGUCCAAAGCUGAAAAAGUGUACAAUGGGAUUCUUCUUAAAAGAUGUUUCAACAAUUGGCUAAAGUACAAGGAAUAUACCAACAUUAUGGAAGAGGGAGCAAAUCAACACUAUCUGACAGUUCUAAGAAGAUCCAUGUUUACUGCCUGGUGUGAUUAUGUAAUGAUAGAAAAGACUACAUCGUGGGAAAAGGAAAGAAUUGGAACAGAACAUAAUCAGAGGAGGAUAGUCAAGUCAGCUUUCAUAGCUUGGAAGACCUUGCCAAUGCUCAUCAGGGAGGAGAAGAGAAAGGAAGAAUAUAUUAAAGAGCUCAGGAAGAAAGUUGCUGAAAUACUUCCUGAUUUUCUGACAUAAAACAUUAACUAUCUUAAAAUUCUGCAUGGGGAGAAAAAACAUCUCACCCUUCCACCCUUAUUGGACACAAUGAA